AUGGUUAGGCAGAAGAUGAGAUAUAUUGCAGUGAGGAUCAGAUUUGAGGAGGAGAGGAAUGUGUCAUUGGAGACGUCGUUGCUGCCAUUUCUGAAGGCCAGGCUUGGGGAUGACUACGGAAUGAAUGGAUUGUCGAAAGCAGGGCAUCUGAGUGUUGUUGAGUAUUUGAAGCAUUGCAAGAUUGCACUGAUCAGAUGUGAUGUGUCAGGGUAUAGGAACCUGCUUUUUACGCUUGCCACGACUGGAGAGGUGGGAGGGCUGAAGUGCUCGAUUUCAACGAUCUGGGUGUCUGGGAUUCUAAAGAAGGCUAUGAAGAGGAUUUUGAAGUAUGUAAAGGCUGAGAAAAGCAUGGCGAAGGCAUGA